AUGGUCAGAACUCGAAGUUUUUCUGACGGUGAAGUAGAGGAGUGUCAAUGCUCACUCUGCAACCCAAACAACUCUUCAACGACGCAAAGCCACUGCAUCCACACAGGACACAAACGAACCACAGUCAAAGAUUUAUUUCGGAGCAAAGAUGGACCUCUGCACAAAAUAGGGUCUUUUGUCUCAGAUAGACUUGGAAUUACGCUCUCAGCCACUAUAAGCCUUUUCAUCACUUUGAGUAUGGCUGCCUUCGCCGGGUAUAUUCACUGGCGUUACCUGAUGAUGCUAUUUGAGAACGACCACAAUUUCUCUCGUCUUUCUGCGCUAGAAAAAGAAAUGGCAUUUCGCACAGAGAUGGGGCUUUAUUACUCAUAUUUUAAGAACUUCAUACGUGCCCCUUCUUUCACUACCGGACUUCAUUUCAUCCUUAACGACCAGUUUACCGAGUAUCCGCUGGUUAUCAAUGCCUUGAAGAGAUUCAGUCUAUACCCUGAGGUGUUUGUAGGGAUGCUUUUCAGGGUGUACACAGGCCUGAUGGACUUCAUUGGCAUCCCCACUAUAACAUGCUGGGAUGUAGACAGAGGGAAUGGCCAGGAACCAGUAGAGAUAUGUACAGGGAUGGGAGACCCCACCCACUUUUACGUCAGCGCCAUCUUCAUUCUGAAUGGUUUUCUGAUGAGUCUGUUCUGUAUCUAUGGUGCUUAUCUCAGUCGCUCUUGUCUCGGAGGCCUGGUCACUGUCCUGUGCUUGUUCUUUAACCAUGGAGAGAGUACUCGUGUGAUGUGGACACCUCCGCUGAGGGAGAGUUUUGCUUACCCAUUCUUUGUCCUGCAAAUGCUCCUGUUGACCUGUACACUCAGAAGGCCAAACCCAGGCAGGGGAACUCUGAUUGGUGUUGGAGUGUGUAAUGUUCUUUUUGUCGUUUCCUGGUCUUUUGCCCAGUGUGUGUUACAGACUCAGAUUGCCUGUUUGUUUGCCUGUUAUAUUCUGGAUUAUAUUCCCCUGUCUAAAAUUAAGGCUCUGCUGACUGUCCAUGUGGGUGUGGUCAUUUUACGGGACAGCAUAAAAAGGCAUUUUGACUCUCUAGCCCAGACAGCAGUGGCACAGGGCGUGGCCUGGCAUGUUUUCCUUGUUUUCUUCAAACUGAUGAUGUCAUCCCUGUUUGACGGCUUUUCCAAUGAUACGGCGUUGAGCUACGUUAAGACUCUGGUUCUGCCAGCAGCUGUCGCAGUGGUGGCCGCCGUCACGGGAAAGAUAGUGUUCCACUGUCUCCAGUUACUGGUGUUCUCUUUAAUGGCCUUACUGGUGAUGAGGCUGAAACUCCUUCUGGUUCCUCACAUGUGUCUUAUGGCCUCACUCAUCUGCUCAAGGCCGCUUUUUAGCUGGGUGGGUGAGCGCCACAGACAUGAAUGCCUGAUUUAUGGCCUUUUGUCCAUCAUGGCUAUUCAGGGUGUGGUCAACUAUGAGAGCCAAUGGAAUAUCAUGGUUAAUCUCAGUAACCCGCCCCAGGAGGAGCUACUGCAGUGGAUCAAAACCCAAACUAAGCCCAAUGCUGUCUUUGCUGGAGCCAGUUCUACUAUGGCGAGUGUGUGGCUGUCCACUGGUAGACCCAUAGUAAACCUCCCACACUUUGAGCAUCCUGAACAAAGGCGGCGGUCCAAGCUGGUAUAUAGUGUGUACAGCCGUAAAUCUGCUGCAGAGGCCCACAGGAACCUCAGUGAGCUACACGUGGAUUAUUUUAUACUGGAGGACUUCUGGUGCAUGCUCCGUUCCAGACCAGGCUGCAGUAUGCCUGAGAUCUGGGAUGAAGAGGACAGUGUAAACCGUGGUCAGACUCCUCUCUGUGCCCGUCUGUCUGUGGACUCUGAGCCUUUCUUCACCACGUUAUUCCAAAACAAGCUUUAUAAAGUCCUUAGAGUGCCCAAAGAGCCCCAGGCCUCAUAA